AUGUCUGGACGGAACGCGCCGCGCUCGAAGAGUGGCUGCAGCACCUGUCGCCGGCGCAAGGUAAAAUGCGGCGAAGAACGCCCCGUUUGCAAGCGAUGUUUGAACCUUCAUCUGAGCUGCGAAUGGGGUGUUCCUGUGAAGCGUGGCCGCAGUGCGCAAAUUCGACAUCUUCAGCCCGCUCUGACAGCUCCAGAUCAGGUGCUUUGGCCGGGGUCAGAAGCUGGUGAUAUGGUGGUGGACCUGUCGCACGACGCCCUCCUCGAUGGCUUUUCACCAGUUUCCUGGCCUGGUGAUACACUUACUUUGGAGCCUCCGCAUGUACCACCUUUUUAUCCGCCCAUCGCGCCCAUUCGAAUAGCGACGCCCCUCUACCCCCCACUGGGUGGUAACGAGCUCGCGUGUGCCAACUCUCUCACGCUCACAGAGCAUGACCAAAGAUAUUUCCAAUACUUCCCCUCGUCGUCCAUCGUUUAUUAUUAUAUGAAAGGGUGGGAUUGGAGCAGCUUGGGCUAUCUUUACCAAGGCCCAGCUGCCACGAAUAAAGUCAUUAUGCGAAUGAUUCUGGCAUUGUCCGCCAGCGACAUGCAUCGCCAUGGAUUAGCGGUCCGAUCACCAGGUCGACCGACUGCUGAAGACCACGGGCGAUAUCACUACAGCUUGGCCGUGAAGGAGUUCCGGCAACUUCUGGAGACGCCCCGGAGGCAUGUCUCCGUGGCCGAGUUGGAGAUAAUAUUUGCCACCAUGUUUCUCAUGGUCACCUAUGAAUGGCAGUUUGGAAACUCUGUGCGCCAUCUGCAGCUUCACCUACACGGGGUACGCUCGUUGCUUGAAUCUCACCCCCAGCUUUUUCAGGUCAAGAACGCCAAUGACGUGUUUUUGGCUGCUGAAGACGAGGCGACAUCCCCGGAGGAUGCAGUCGCCACGAAAGUUUCAUUUAUACCAGAGCAAUUUCUUCUCUGGAUGCUGUACAUUGACGCCAGCUGCCAGCCGAUGGGCCUGACAGAAUCACUUUACGAUUAUGUCAUGCAAUCUCAUAAUCCCGCUCUACAUCCAGAUCAUCUCCAUCGAUGCGCUCGUCUUUGGGGGCGAUGUUUCUGGGGCGAGCAGUAUCCAGACCAAGAGGUCUUGGAUGACAUUGAAAAUUAUCGAGCCCUAGAGCUACUACACGCCGGAUUUCACUUGCGCUACCGCACCUGGAAAGUCUUGGUAGGCUCUGGGUCUGGGCCUGAUACCACUGAGUCACUUUUCCGUGAGAUCCUUUCCACGCGCGAUAAAUACUCCGAUCUUUUCAUCACCGCCAAAUUCGCCGGAGCUGUUUCCGCCCGACGUACUCUCAACACUAUCUACAUGGGUGUCUGUACAUUCCACGCCCAGAUUCUACUUCACCGCCGGUUACUUUGCGUAGACAGACCACCGGCGGCAAUCCAUAGACAAGCCACGACCGGGAUCAUAGACAUCGCCCGCAAGCAAUUCACAGCCGAUCCCCGACUUCUACGACGUCUACAUUGGCCUAUUCUGAUGGCCAUCAUUGAGACAGACGAUGCCAACCACCAAGCGUGGCUUCGACAACGCCUACUCGAGCUACGCGACUUCCAUUCGGAGUACGCCUGGGCCAACGAGAUGGCGGAUGAGAUCCUGGCUCGGCAGGACGUGAGCCAGGGCUGCUACGUGAAUCUCGCUGAGAUACUACUCCAGCGAUGCCAUGCGCUAUGA